AUGAACUCAAAGUCCCUGCGCCGUCUCGCCGCCGACCACGGAUCUCUGCAUACGGCUGGCCUCCCGCCUAACUACCUGUUUGCACCCGAAUCAGACGACGCUGCUGACCUCACGUCCCUCGAUAUCCUCCUUGCUGGCCCUGUCGGCACCCCCUACGCAGGCGGUGUAUGGCGACUGCACCUCGACAUCCCACCCACCUAUCCUGCUGCCCCACCCACGGCACAAUUCAGGACCAGGCUAUGGCACCCCAAUAUCGACGAGGCGACUGGCGCCGUUUGUGUGGAGACGCUGAAGCGUGACUGGAGCAGCACACUCAAACUCCGAGACGUGCUGGUGACGAUAUCAUGUCUCCUCAUUCAGCCGAACCCCGCCAGUGCACUGAAUGAAGCGGCGGGCAAACUAGCCGUCGAGGACUGGGACGGAUACUGUAGGCGAGCAAAGCUCAUGACCGAGAUCCACGCCGCCAUCCCCAGCAGUAUCGCCAAAGAAGUCAGAGAGGCCCAAAUGCGGGGCGAAGAGCGGACGACUGAGUCCGAGCCCCAGUCUGAACCCCAGCCCCAGCCUACAGCAAAACUUCAUUCAAAGGGCAAAGAAAAGGAACGCGUCAAAAUCACCCCAGCUGGACCCAGGUUACAACGACGCCCAUCCGAAGACGAAGAAAACAGGCGCCGCAGAGCCGCAACCCACGAUGCAGACAGCGACCCAGAAAGCGACUGGAUACCCGGCCCCGUCAAAACCAGCAAAGUCCCCGGCCGCCACGAAUCCAACAUCUUCGGUAUCAAAGGCCUUGACGACACAAUGCAACUCGACACACCUCCCAAGCGCAUCUUCGCCGCCCAAAACCUCCCCAAAGACAAAGGAAAAGCCAAAGGAGCCACCGAUGAUUCCGACCCCUUCCUCACCACCACCACAGCACCUCAAAAAUCAAUCUCUCGCCCUGUAACGCGAUCCUUCGAUUUGGCUCCUCCUCCUCCCGCCCUUGCUACUUCUACACGGCCAGCCGAGCCAUCACAUCCCACUGGCAACGAAGAAAGCGAUAACAGCACAACCUUGCUCCUCCGCGACUUCUCCCUCUCCUGGCACGACACCUUUGCCCUCCACAACAACGACCCGGACGCCAAGAAACGCAUCGCGAGCCCAGAGUUCGAAGCGAAGGCCAAGUGGGAAAUGAAGAGGUUCAGGCAGGCCGCGUGGGAUUUGGAAAAGUUUAAUCGGGGGGAGUUUGGGCCGAGGGUAGGCGUUGGGAGACUGUGA